AUGCGGGCUGUCAUCGCCUUGGCCGCGGCGCUGGGCAGCCUGCUGCUGGGCGGCUGCCUCCUGCGCCUGGGCGGCCAGCAGCCCCUCCGCGCCAGAAUCACUGGUUCUGACAACUUUUGUUUCCCCGUCUCGCUUGCCAGGGGCUGGGAGGAGGAGGCAGGAGUAGCGGCUGUCACGCCGAAAGUGGUGCGAGCCCUCAGGUCCCCCCGGACGCCCCUUCCUCAGACCGAGAACAGGUACGGGCUGGCCGCCCGCAGAACAACUCUUAAUAAAAAUGGAGUUUACCAGUUUGAACAGGCUUCAAAAUGUAAGGCAAUUCAGGACAACAUUUUGUCAUCAUCUAUCAAGAAAAAAAGAUACUCAGAAGAUUAUUAUCUUCACAUAGUCACAAAACUGCAGAACUGCACCUGGGUAAGGAAACCAGAAGAAUCUACAAAAUUCAGGUCAGAAUUAGCUUCCUGCUGUGAUGCAGUUCACAAUUUUAUUGCUUCUCAAAGCAACAGCCCACUGGGAAGUAACAUGAGUUAUGAAGUGGACAGUAAAAAGACUAUCCUCAUUACAGAGGACAUUUUUAAGAUGCUUCCUGUGUCCUCUCCUCUUUCAGUCUAUCCCUUCAAGAACUGUGCUGUGGUUGGAAAUGGAGGCAUUCUGAAAAAUUCCAGCUGUGGAGCUGAAAUCGAUAGUUCUGACUUUGUGUUCAGGUGUAACCUCCCUCCAACCACAGGAAACAUUAGCAAAGAUGUUGGCAAUAAAACAAACCUGGUGACUGUUAAUCCGAGUAUCAUAGCUCAGAAAUACAACAAGCUAAAUGAAAAGAAGACAGAAUUUCUGGAAAACAUUGCGGUCUAUGGAGAUGCUUUCCUUUUACUGCCAGCAUUUUCCUUCAGAAGCAACACAGCUACUUCUUUUAAAGUAUACCACACUCUGAAAGAGUUCAAAGCUACCCAAAGGGCAAUAUUUUUUCACCCCACUUAUCUGAGAAGUCUUGCCCAGUUCUGGAGAACUAAGGGUGUGAAAGCCUACCGGUUGUCAUCUGGUUUUAUGAUCACUAGUGCUGCCCUUGAGCUGUGUGAGAAUGUGAAGCUCUAUGGCUUCUGGCCUUUCUCAAAAUCCACAGAGAAGAUGCCAAUCAGCCACCACUAUUACGAUAACCAGCUGCCUAAGCCUGGUUUCCAUGCAAUGCCCAAAGAAUACAACCAGAUCCUUCAGCUUCAUGGCAAAGGCAUUUUGAAGUUACAAUUUGGUAAAUGUGAAUCAGACUAAAAAGGGUGAUGAUCCUAAGGAGACAAUUUGUGUGUAUCUCAGCAGUUCGGUGUUGGAUUUGAUCUGAUUUGAUUUUGUGAGCAUUAAACUGCAUUAUUACAGUAGAGAAAUAUUUUGCACUUGGGGAGAAAAGAGAGUGAUUUUUUCACACAGUGACUGCUACAUUUACAAAUUUUGAGUGAUCAUUUUUUAAAAUACAAAGUAACAAUUAUGUGGAAAAUUCUGAAACUCCUUUCUGCUGGUCUAAUGGUAGCAAAGCACAAUCUCAGGAUGGUGGCAAUAUGUGACAUUCAUCAUGUUUUGUUUCUUAGAGGACCAUUAAAAUAUUUUGACAUAAAAUCUCUGGUUUUGUUGAUAUCACAUAUUAUAGGCAAUAGUCUCUGCAUGAAUUGGCAGUGAACGUUUUCAAUUAAGAACUUCAUCCUGUAAAUACUGGCAUUUGUCUGCAUGAGAGAAGUGAUGAGAAGAGCUGCAGAGGAGUAAUUAAUUCAGAGCCAUGUCAGUCUUAGUUUGUCCCGGGGUGCACAGAUGAGAAAAUCCCUCAGGUCAGAGGUAGUUAAGUGGUUUAUGGGCUUUCGUUUUGUGGGCAUAAGUAGUGCUGUGGAUUUAAUGGGCUUUCAUUUUGUGAGCAGUAGAUGAUGCUGUGGAUUUAAUGGGAUCACUCAUAUGAGUGAUGUUAAUUCUGAGAACAAGUGUAUGAAGGACUGGAGCUUUACAAUUAUUUAUAAACCACUCUACUUGCUUGUGUUCCUGCCUAAAGUCCAGUUCAGCCCUGAAUGAGGACCAUGAACCUGGUUCUGCACUACAAUCCCCAGAGUCCUGGUAGGGCAUGACUUUGCAUACAUUCUUGCUCUUCCAGCUCUGUGUCUUGGCUGAUACAUGAGAUGGAAUUUCCAUCAGAAAGGUGAUAGGUCCCAAGCCUAUAAUUCAAUUUCUUUUCAUGUAAUAUAUCUUGUAUUCAUAUGUGACUGCAGAUAAUGAAACUGCACUAAGCAUUAUUAGAAGAAUGUUCCUCUUACCAUCAACCCCAAACUCUUCUACACCAGGGUAUAUGAGAAAACUGACUACAUUCCCCUAAUUUAUAGCCUGUGUAGUUCUUUAAGUUUUCCAUAUGGUCCAAGAAUACAUGUGGAACAACAUCCUGCAGCAAAAGAAAGUGAAAAAUCAGCCCAGUGGAAAGAACCACUUUAACAUAUACAGGACCUUUGACAAGAAGUUGUACCCUAGCUUAUACUGCCUGUAGCUUAUAUGUUCUACUGCAGAAAAAACCUCCCAAGCAAGCAAACAAAAUUUAAAAUUUUUAAUAACUAGAUUCUGUUAAGAAUUUCCCUAACUCUUUUGAGAGUCCUUUGAGUGGUCAGUUCAAAGAUAAAGUGUCCUUCUUUUACAGUCAGAUACUAUCAGGUAUUCUAUUUAUUAAAAUUCCUUUUUCUACUGCAGCAUUAAAUCCCAAAUCAACUGAUUUAAAGAGCAUUCAGUAUUCCACUCUUUGAGGAUUAUAUCUGCAGAACAAAAUUUCAACUUAAUUGAAUUGGACCUUAUGAAAUAAAGUUCAGAAAAGCCUUUUAAAUGUAUACUUCAUAAGAGCAUUACUGUAUGUAAUAUUUGAAAGCCUACCUUGCAGCAGUUUUAUAAUCACAUAAACACUCCUGGAAGUAUUAGAAUCAAUCAUUAUGGUUACAGGUCUGUUGAUUGAGCAUCUGGAUUCAUUUCCAGGAUAAUGAUAUCAGAAUCCAAUAUUACCCUUACCCGAGCAGAAGUGUCCAUAAAUUCUGACUGCAAAUAUCAGCAAUAAGGUUCAUUUUUGAAAAUAAGGGGUUUUAAAAAAUACAUAGUGCUUUGGGGCAAUAACUGAUGCCACUAAUAUACAUGUGGACCUCUGAGUGUCAGUAGAGCCUUUAACAGGAACAAAGACAGCAGAACUGAGCUGAUGACUCCAUCUGCAUUUACCAGCUGGUAACUGGAAGAGGGGAGCACAGGGGUUUUAUUUACUCUGAUUUGUUCCAGUUCCAGCACCACAAUCCUCAUUUUUUUCUUCCCCAGCAGUGAGAUUUUUGCCAUUUUCUGACCACAGGAAUCUGCUGCUCAUGUGCAGAGAGCUGGCUGCUGAAAGAACCUGCACCUAUGUUACAAGUGUUAUGGAUGAUUGCCUACUGCAACAUCCUAGUUAUAGAUCAAAGAAAAAUUUGCUCCCAAAAGAGCAUCUUCUCUGCUAUAACUCACUCAUAUGGAGUGUUUUUAAUAGAAGCUGUGCAAAGAGAUGUAGUUGUCCUUUGGGUGAUGCAAACAGCUGAGGUUGAGGAGAACCUUGCUGCAUUUCAUCCAGACAAAGGCACACCUGUGUUCAUGUAAGGACUGUAACUUAUUCCAGUCUAAUGUAGAGCAGUGAGGUGAUCUUGGCUGUGUAGCAGCUUCAUAGUUUGUCUUGGGGAAAAUACAUACAUCUUUUUCAGGUUCUUACAUUAUAUCCAGAAUAAUUGCAAGUGCUCUAUGUGAGAUAAUGCAAGAUCAUUCCUUGCACAGACUAAAUUCAGUUAACUACUCAGCUUGAGUAAAGGGGCAAAACCUGGCUCGGUAGAAGAUGGAGAGAGGAGAGAAUGAAAUUUAUUUGCAGUGAAGAAGCAACUUUUUUCAAAAGCAUUUGUUAGUUAGUAUCAUGUUGUGCUGUCUCAAUGAAUAAAUGUAAACAGUGUACAGUGACACACCACAAAGAGCUGAAGUUACUGUGUGUCGGAACUAUUUCUAUGCAGCUUCAUUACUUGAAACACACAUGUAUUAGUAACUGGAAAGAUCAUCAGAAUACAUUUUAAGAGAUGUUUAGCCAAAAAGGAAAUCUAUUCUGGCUUCCUUGACAAAAAGAGGUCUUAACUGAAGGAAUAUGAUGUAGCACUCACAAUUGAGAGCAAAUGGAAAUUUCUGUAGUAUGAACAGGCACUGACUUUUUAACACUGUUUCCAGAAAGUUUAAACUUGCCAAUGACUUGAAGGCCUGAUCUUCCACACUCUCAAGGCUCUUAGUGAUUUAUGUAGAGCACAAGGCUGAUAAGAAUUGCUUGAAGGAAUUGUUGACCUUUCCUACCCUUUCCUACAAAUGCUUUUAACUCUCCAUAGAAUAAAAAUAUACUCAAUUAGACUAUAUUAUCUUAGAUUAAGAUCCUCAGGCUUUGCUCCAGACAUGAAGUCAGUAUGAGACAUUAGUUGCAUCCACUUCACUCUCCAGGAGGGCAGACAUUGCACUCAGCUUUAUUAUAGCUACUGGUGCUGUGUGCUGGAUGGCUGGGUUGUGUUAAUUCGGGUGCAGCCUGGGCAAGUUAAUAGUGGCAUUUUUGCAGAACAGGGUACCAUCAGAUUGAUCAAGAUUUGCUGAACUACACUUACUGUGGGAAAUUAUGUUUUCUUGGGUAGCUGAAUACAUUAUUUCUCAUUUAUUUUACACCUGUGCCAGGUUAGUAAUAAUAAAUGUAUUUUGUACCUGGCUGGGAGUGUUUAGGACACUUUUGCAAGACUGAGUCAACAUCAAUUUGGAUUAAGAAUUCUUGACCAAAGGUUAGUAAGGACCUUUCAAUUCCCUCUAUUUCACAUCAGGAAUAUUCAUUUUUAGGGUUUGUGGGCCUCCAAUGCUGUCACAUGCUGUGGAAUGAAUAUUGAGAUUAAAUAGUUUUCUAAAGAUAGAAACACUGACAGUGUGCUAAUAUUUCCACUGUACCUUUGCAGAAGCUGACAGUGUCCUUGCACGACUGCAUCACAGCACCAAUAGAUUAAAGCCUGCCUGGCUGCUUUUAUUCCUUUUUCUCCUCUGAAUCUCUAGUUGCAUUUUCCUUCAGGAUCCAGUGCUGCCUUGAGUUGGUUAUUUGCCUUUACCCUGUGGAGUGCUAUGCAGGCCUGUUUAGUGUCUGUUGGGGAGUUUGUGUGACUGUGAAUCAAACAUUGCUGUGCUUGAGCAUAGUGAAAUAUGCUGUAAAUGACUGGGUUUACACCUCAAGGAAGGCAGCUUGGUGUAAUAUUCACGUUGCCUAACUGGAGGUGCUAAAGUUGGUCUGUAGCUCCAUGGUGACUCAAGCGGGAAUGGCUGCAAUGUCCAGUCCCUGUUCUGUGCUGCACCCCUCCCUUCAUGCCAUGUCUGGCCUUGGCCUGUCCCACACCGAGCUGUUUUGGCACACUGAGGUGGCAAAACCCUGCCUUGGCAACAGAAUGAGAAAAUUGGUUCAUGCCAAGAGAUGGAAAUUUCACAGUCAAAGCAAAGGAGGGGGUAAGACCAUGCAGGUGGCAUUGCAGGGACAUAACAGGUGCCUUUUGUUAUCUGACAGCUGUUGGACAGACCCAGUGGUCUCCUGAAAGCUUGACCAAGUUCAGAAGGUAACAUCUCCAAGGGUCUGCCUGCUCAGAAGGGAGAGAUGGGUCACUGCAAGAGGGAUUGGCAGCAUGGCAGCUGUUCCAUGGGCCAGAGCCCAUCUCUCCCUAUGGUGCCAGAAGGUGCUUAAGGCAUCUACACUAAGAACUCUAGAUGCCUACACUGCUGAUUAUUGCUCACCCUUGUCUCUUUCCCAUUACAGUCAGUUUAACAAGCUGGUGACACCAGCAGAUUCAAAAAUGAGAUGUAGAAAAAAUUCUCAGUUCACUGAUGGUAAACUUGCAUAAACUUGCUUGUUAUUCAGCACUCCUUUGCUUUCAGCCUCUUCUAAUCCCAGCAUCUAAAACAGCAUCUGCAGAGAACAGAAGUGAAUGAGGCCUGAGGGGGUUGAGACCAGUUACUCUCACUUUGAUUCUCUUUCCUUUGUGCAAUAAUGAGAUGACUGACAUACCACCAUUUUUGAGAAAAGAUGAAAUUCUCUGUCUUGAGUGACUCAGGUAAAGAAACUAAAUUAUCUAGGUGACUUCUGAUCUUCUGUGGAUCUGUAAAUUACUAGCAAAAUAUUCCUGUUGUUAGAUAUUAGUUGAUUUUAUUCAGUGCAAAUGCCUGGAUCAGUUAAUUCUUCUGGAUUAAUUGAGCAUGUACAACUUGAGCCUGCACAGACUCCAUGGUGGAGCUUCAGCCUAACACAGCAAUCUAGGUUUAGAUCUAUUUGACCUAGAGAUCUUUUUUUGCCCUGUCACUUGUUCUCCUGUGACAAAUCUGUGGAGGGAGGUCCUGAAUAUCCAUGCAGUAGCUCCUCCAGGGAUGCUCAGGUCCACAAAGCACACAUCCACCUGUGUACAGGAAUCUGUGAGAUCAAACCCAAGGAAUAUUCUGUGGAGUACUUUAUUCUGAAACAGCUCUAUCUCAAAUAGCUGAUAGCCACUUGAUGCAUGCUUUGAAGCAGUAGAUUUCUUACACAUGAGCCUUUUCGUUAAACGUAUCUCAGUUUAAAAUAUUCUGAGCCACGUACUUGUGGUACUUCAGCAGUAGAUCUCUUUAAUCUCUAGGUCUGCUAGCCAACAACAGUGACAAGGGGGCAUGUAGCCCGCCUCUCUUUAUUUUGAAUUCUGUCAUUCUAGGCAGGAUCAUCCUUCUCUGAGCUUCUAGACAGAAAAAUUUCAAAUGCUGCUAAUCUCUCAGGGUACUCUGGGGAAAUCCUUAAGGCUUGUCACCCACAGCAUACAACAAGUGGGCAGAUUUAUAUUUAUUAACCUUUGUUCCAGAUUUUCAUAAAGUAUUUAAUUGGCUCGAAAUUAUCAUUAUGAUCAAGUAGAGCAGAAACGCUCUGCAGCAUGCCACUAAACAAAAGGACUAUUGCUGUUAUUUCAUGGUCUCCUUUCAUAAGGCACAUUUCAGAAUACCUUCCUAUUCUGGGAACACGGCUCACCAGGGGAGAGACCCGGGGUUACUGGGUUACAGCUACAGGGGUAGCAGCCCGUCAGUGUGCUCUCAGUGUGGACAUUCCAGCAGUGCAGCAAGAGCUUAACACGGUGGGAGUACAUCAGGUUGAGUUUGCCAUUGACCAAGGAGUCAGUGUAGUGCUGUGAUGUGUGGUGAUUGAGCUCACAUCACUGCCCUCGGGUGGCAGGUGCUGGCAGAUACUGGUUUAAGGAUGAAAACAGUCUGGCUGUGAAAUACAAGGAGUGGCAUCCUCACGUUGCCAUCAAAAAAACAUUUAAGUCUAUCUUUUGCUAAAUCCUGACUACCUUAAGCAAUACAUCAGUAUUUGUUGCUGCACCUGAAACUUCAGUGUCUUGUGUUUGUUUCAUUCCUCUCUUCUCCAACAGGGAGAAAACUGCAAGGCAUAAUGGAAGUAUUUAAUGAUCCUAUCAUGGUUUCAAGGCAAGAGCAAAUCAGAAUGAAUCAUGCAAAUGGUUGUGACAGGAUAGCCUAUUGUCAGUAUUGCUGGGUUUAAAUUCCUCACUAUUCACUUUAGUCCCUGACAAGAAGAGAUUCUUUACAGCAAGUCUGUAGGCCAACAACAUGCUAGGCUUCUCAGCUCUUAGCUUCGCUGUGAGAUGUUUCCCUAAAACACAUCCUCCUUGCUGUAUUUAUUGUCAGUGGUUGCAAUACAAAUCCAUUCUUGAGUUCUUGUGACAUUGAAGUAUAACAGCUGACAUUUAUACAUUUUUAUAUGUACUAUUUAUAUAGUGGCUUCAUACGCAUUUUUAUGUUAAUAUUCUUGAUAUUCUUUUGAAUACCUAAUUAAAAUUAUUUUAAAUAUCCUUAUUUUUUACCACCACCAGUGUAAAGUGUGUGGGAAGUUACAUAAUGUCACCUAAAGCAAGAGUUAUAGAAGCCAAAAUAAUUUUAAAGGUAUUUGACUGAUUUCUGGAGGAGUAUUUUCAUUAGUCUUUUGGACACUUGCAUUUUAGAUUUACCUUUCUAAGACUGGCCUGAGAGGCAACCUCUGCUUCUGAUUUAGUUCAAGAUCUGCAAGGGACAAAACAUGUGAAUGGAGAGGUCCUAUACAGGGCUGCUCCUCAGGGAUGGCAAAUGUGUGGCUUUUCAGAGACUGGUCCAUGUGUCAAAAUGUAAUAGCUUUUGCCCAGACGUUUCAUUGUCUCUUAAAAUGUGUAUUGUUUGCAUUCAUUUCAGCUCCAUUCUUUCCAAUGCAAUUGUCGAAGCAGAGCUUAUUCCCCCGUGGAGCUGGUAUAAUUGUGCUUCUCCACAUGCACCAAGCUCUCUAAAGCUGCUAGUGUAGGCUCUGCUACUGCUGUUCCAAAAAGGUUCCUCAAAUUCUCUCAGUGCUGAACUUAUUUAUGUUUUCAGAUGUGAACUUGAUAUUGUCUGAGUAGAAUGUGUGCAGCGUAAUAUAGAAAUGUCUCUGCGCAGGGUUUAGGAGGAGGCAGGAGCCCCUCAGCUGUGUGUGUGCUUUUAUUACAGAAAACCAAGAUAAAGUUGUACUGUUGAGUCAUCUGUUACAGCUGGUUUAAUUUGUACUUUGUUUUCAUGUUUUAAGUGCCUGAUGAUUUUUUUGUCAAGGAGGCAAUGGUUUCACUGUUAUAAGGCAUACUUAGAAUUCUGUACUUGUUACCUGUUCUGUAAUAGAAUAUUUUUGCAAUUUAUGUUUGGAAAUAAAGACUUAUUAGGCAUAA